AUGGCAGACGAGAUCAAGUCCCCGUCGGUCAAUCACAAGACGCCGCAGCAGGCGAGCCUUGGUGAGAUUGUUGAUGCGCAGGUCGGCGAUACAGAGUUACUGGGAUGGCUGGCUGCAAGUGUCUUCAUUUUCAUCGUCAGUGUUGCAAUGGCCGAUAUGGCCUCAGCAAUGCCCACAGCAGGUGGUCUCUACUUCUGGACCCAUUACUACGCCCCGGACAAGCUCAAGAACCCACUCAGCUUCCUAGUCGGCUACAGCAACACAAUCGGCCUGAUCGGAGGCCUCUGCUCCAUCGACUACGGUUUCGCCAACAUGCUCCUCUCGAUGAUCUCCAUAUCGCGCGAUGGCAACUGGUCCGCUACAAGACCUGUCAUCUACGGCACGUACGUGGCAACUGUCUUCGCACACGGCUUCAUCGCCAUUUUCUUCGCACGAGUCAUGCCGCGCAUUCAGUCUCUUUGUAUCUUGCUGAACAUCGGGCUUGUCGUUGCGACUGUGAUUGCGUUGCCGAUUGGAAAGGCGCACAAUGCGCCGCCGGUGAACUCGGGGUCGUAUGUUUUUGGCGACGUGGAAAAUUUAACCACUUGGCCUGCUGGAUGGGCCUUCAUGUUGGCUUGGUUGAGUCCUAUUUGGACUAUUGGGGCUUUCGAUUCUUGUGUGCAUAUGAGUGAGGAGGCAACACAUGCUGCACGGGCGGUGCCGUUGGGUAUUAUCUCGAGUGCUGGGUUGUGUGGUAUCUUGGGAUUCUUGAGUUUGGCUGUUAUUGCGGCCUCAAUGAGUACGGAUAUUGACGGUAUUCUAAACUCGAAAUUUGGGCAGCCCAUGGCUCAAAUCUACUAUGAUGCUCUAGGCAAGCAGGGUGCCCUCGGUUUCAUGGCGGUCGUAGCAACUGUCCAAUUCUUCAUGGGACUGAGCAUCGUCCUCGCCGCUUCUCGUCAAAGCUGGGCUUUCUCCCGCGAUGGCGCCCUCCCCUUCUCCCAGUUCUUCCGCAAAGUCAGCCAGCACAGACUGAUGCUCUACCAGCCCGUGCGCAUGGUCUGCGGCUGUGUUGUUGCCGCCGCAGUCAUUGGUCUUCUAUCCUUGAUCGACAACGCCGCGGCCAACGCACUAUUCUCUCUCGCCGUUGCUGGUAAUGAUCUUGCGUGGCUGACACCUAUUUUUUGCCGCCUUGUUUGGGGUAAUGAUAAGUUUGUCCCUGGUGAAUUCUAUACUGGAAAGUUCAGUAAGCCGAUUGCUUGGACUGCGGUUAUCUACAUGGUUUUCGCAAUUGUGCUGUGCAUGAUCCCCACUGGUGGACCUAAUCCGACGCCGGAGGAUAUGAAUUACACAGUUGUUGUUAACGGUGCUCUUUGGCUUGGUGCGCUUUUCUAUUAUGCUGUUCAUGCUAGGAAGACGUUCAAUGGCCCUCAGACCACUGUUUCACCCGAAGAUGAGGGCAAAAGGAUUGAGGUCGAGGGCGAGACUUCGGAAAACGGUGGUCUUUAG